AUGAACCCAAACCAACAACCUCCUCCACAGCUCCAGAGAGAGAUUCCUCGUGCAGGCCUGGGAUAUCCGUACAGAAUUAGAUACGCUUGCCAGGAACUUGGAUGUCGCAGCUCACUUGAUCAGAAGAACUUGCUUCAGCAUGUGUUCUACCAUAGACGCAGAAUGCCUCACAUUUCAACGGAGGAGUUCAUGGUGAGAUGCUUCCCGAACGUCCAUUUUGCUGAAGGACAUUGA